ACACGACGCGACCCCGGGGCGGGAGUGGGUUUCGCGCCUGCGCACAGGAUCGGACAGUGGCGCAAGAGGAACCCGGGGCCCGGUGCUCCCCGCCCGGGGGUGUAUCUUCAUGAAUAAUUUAAAUGACCCUCCAAAUUGGAAUAUCCGGCCUAAUUCCAGGGCUGAUGGUGGUGAUGGAAGCAGAUGGAAUUAUGCCUUGUUGGUUCCAAUGCUGGGAUUGGCUGCUUUUCGUUGGAUUUGGUCUAGGGAGUCCCAGAAAGAAAUAGAAAAAGAGAGAGAAGCGUACCGUCAGAGGAUGGCUGCGUUCCAGCGGGAUCUUGAAGCAAAGUAUCACGCUGUGAUCUCAGAAAACCGGCGUGCAGUCGCUCACUUGUCUUUGGAACUUGAAAAAGAACAAAACAGAACGGCUAGUUACCGAGAAGCCCUUAUCUCUCAGGGGCGCAAGUUGGUAGAAGAAAAGAAGCUUCUGGAACAGGAACGGGCUCAGGUCAUGCAAGAAAAGAGACAGCUGCAGCCCUUGAGGAGUGCGUACCUGAGCUUCCUGGAGAAGGAAGAAGACUGGCAAAGGAGGGCCAGGCUGGUGCUGAAAGAGUUUGAAGAGGCUCUUGCGGAAAGACAGAACAUCUACUGCAGCCUGCUUCUCCCUCGAGGCAGGCGGCUGGAAAUAGAGAAGAGCUUACUGGUCCGAGCGUCCACUGACCCCAUCGCCGCUGACCUGCACAUGGCAGCUGGCUUGACUGACAUAUUUAAGCACGACACGUACUGUGGCGACGUCUGGAAUACCAACAGACGCCAGAAUGGGAGACUCAUGUGGUUGUAUCUCAGAUAUUGGGAACUGAUUGUUGAACUGAAGAAGCAUAAGGGAGUCGAGAGAGCCAUACUAGAGAAGUAGGCAGGGGCGACGCGCAGCACCUUCAGUGACGCCGUGGCGUUCCGGGGUAUCACACUCUGGUUUCCUUCCGCUUUGUGCGCGCGCAGCACCUGUCGGCGGAGAGUUCCUCCACUGCCCCCCGCCCCCCCGCCCCGAGUAGGACACAGGGUUUCUUCCUUGACCCUUUUCAGCUAUUAAGGAUGCAGUUUCUCCGGAGAAUUUUUUUAAAGCUGUAAUAUUUUAUUAGGCUGAACAGUGUAACCUCUUAUCUGCGCUGUAGGAUAAGAUUGUUUUUAAGAAAGUCAAAUACAGUAUUGAUCCUCACUGUAAGUAGUUUUCUGUCUGUUUUUAUCACCCCCUAAAUAAAUUCUGUUCUCUCCUCCCAGUUUUUUCUUUCCUAGAAUUAUAAAUAAAAGUUGUCGGGUAAUGGAUAGAACCGCCUAAUGAUGAUUACGGAAAAUAGUAAUAUUCUUGAGGUCUCGUGCCAUUCCGGGGUCUCUCCCACCGCUCAAUAAUCUCGGUACGUGUCUGGCAUCUGGCUUGUGUCUGCAUCCAGUUAGCACAUACUUAUUUGUAAUGAUAUCUAAUUAAAAAUACUUGCCAUAUAAAAGCAACAACGUCA